CUUUAUUCAUUAGAUAUAAGAAGUACAUCGUUUGUGAGGAUCAUUACAAUUUCAUCUACCGGUUCCUCAAACCGAGCAGAAGUCAAGGAAAAUCUAGAGACGAAUUGACUUCCGUUUCUCCUUUGGAAAUCUUGCUGCAAAUGGGUUAUGCCCGAUUGGGACGAUUCUUAAUCAGGGAAAUACAGAGGGAAGUACAUUAUUAUUCGGAAGCAAUGGAGAGGAUGAUGGAACUGAUGCAAACUAACGGAGUACAAAAUGUGGCACGCAAUUAUACCAGUAGAAUUGGGGGCUUUGAGGAAGUCAGCAGAAACUUUGAAGACAUUGCUACAGAGCUGGCCAAAGGGUUUCCUUUGGUUGUUGAUAUUUUGCCUGGGAGAAGUUUUUAUGAUCUUAUGUAUGGCGAAAUAUACAGGUGUCCAUAUAAUGACAGGACUAAACCAGCCGGACUAACAAUGGGUAUCCACACCGUCGUUCUUGUGGGUGCUGCAAGGGUUGGACCAGAUGAUUACUUCUACUUUUUAAAUAGUUAUGGAGAAGAAUGGUGUUUGAGGAUUGAGAGGGACACGCCGAAGGAAAUUGGAGGUGUAGGUAAACUUAUCGCCAAUGAUAUCUGCAAUGCUCCUUUCAAGUUUUGGAGAAUGUGAUACCUUGUUUUGAGCUCUUAAAAAGGCAAUAGAGUUGCAUUGCCUCCUAGCAGGUGAGCCAUUGGUACUUCCAUGCUUCUACUGGAUGAAUGAUUAAGUUUGAUUACUUAGUAUGGAUAAUUGGGCUCUUGGUACUUGUGAGGGAAGGGAUUUAUUUUUCAGUGGAUGUUGUUGGGGUCUCAUUUGUGUGAUCAAUUGAAAGAUCAAAUGUAUAACAGUGAUGAGCAGCAGUUUCAUUCUUUUGCCAUGUAUUAUUCGUGUGAACAAGUGAACAAUUGUUUGUAUGUAUGAAUUCCGUGAUUGGUCCUGU